AUGCGAAGACGGCAGGGGAUUCGUAUCCGCUGCCCCGGAUGCGCGACUGCAUCGAUUCACUCGGAGAUGCAGCCGUCUUCACGACGUUGGACUGCAAUUCCGGUUAUUGGCAGAUCCCCGUCGCUCCGGAAGACCGGGACAAGACCACGUUCACUACGCAUAUGGGAACGUUUCGCCAUUUGCGUAUGCUGUUCGGGCGAAAAGGGGCACCGGCCAGCUUCCAACGUGCCCUCGACAUCAUCCUAUCUGGCGUCCGAUAGCAGAUAUGCCUCGUCUACCUGGAUGAUGUCAUCGUGUUCUCCCGUACACGCAAAGCAUCUCGACACUGUCUGGAGCUUGUUGAGGAGCGCCGGAAUCUCCCUCAAGCUCAAGAAGUGUAGCUUCUUUCAACCAAAGGUGCACUACCUGGGGCACGUCAUUUCCCCAGGUAAGCUGAGCGUCGCCGAAGCGGCGGCGGACGCCUUCAGAACGUUCACGUUCCCGAGGACCUUGACGCAGGUGAGGUCGUUCCUCGGGGCGUGCAACGUCUACCUCCGUUUCGUGAAGAGGUUCGCGAAAAUUGGGCGUCCAUUAACGGACAUGACGCGCGCCAACGACUGGCGCCCGGUGGGGUAUUGGUCGUACUCACUUUCCGACAGUGAGCACAACUACAGCGCUACGAAGCGCGAGUGCUUCGCCGUAGUGUGGGCCGUCCGCACACUUCGUCCGUACGUUGAAGGUACCAAGUUCACCGUCCGGACGGAUCAUGACGCCCUCCGAUGGCUCAUGUCGCUCACGGAGAGCUUCGGAAGACUUACCCGGUGGCGGUCACGACCCACGUCGUUCUGGGAGAAGAACGAGGACUUCGACGCCGUCGACAUCGAGCGCGCCGAACAACCCGAAGUUGGCGCGCCCGCCUCCGCGGUCGCCCCUCCGCAGGACGACCUUCUGGCCCCUCUUACGUUAGAGGAGAUAGCCGAAGAGCAACGCGUGGAUGACUUCUGCCAGACCGUACUGGCACGACAGUCAGAGUCCCGGGACUCCGCGUUCUUCGAGGACCACCACGGGAUGCUCAAACGGAGACACCCCUUGGACCCUGACCUCGUGCAGAUCGUGGUGCCUCGAACGCUGCAAGCUCGGCUGCUUCAGCUCUGCCACGCGCCGACCAUCGCGGGGCACCCGGGCCAGAACCGUAUGUACUUCGCGCUCUGUCGGGAGUACUACUGGCCCCAUCUCGCCGCAGAUGUCGCAGCUACGGGGCGAGGGUAUCGGACCUGCGCGAUGAACCGGGUCAAGUUGCGGAAACACCUCAAUCGUUGGAGAUUGUUCCCAGCAACUCGGCCGCUCGAGAGCCUCGCCAUUGACAUUUUGGGUCCGCUCCAGAAGAUGAAGGCAGGAAAACAGUUCCUCCUCGUUAUUACGGACCGUUUCACAAAGCUGACUCAAGUAAUGACACUGCGGACCGUAACCGCGUACACCGUCGCCGUCGCAUUCUGCGAUGCGUGGGUCUUUAAAUAUGGCGUCCCACGCUCGCUACUGUCGGAUAACGGACCGCAGUUUAACGCGAAGUUCCUCCACAGCACGUGCCGUUUCCUGGGGAUGACGAACUUGUACACCUCGGCGUACCACCCCCAGACGAACGGGCAAGUCGAGCGAUACAACCGGACGAUCGGUUCGAUGCUAUGCAAUUACGUCGGCGAGAAUCAGGAAGACUGGGAUGUGUACGUGGGGCCGCUCACGUAUGCGUAUAACUACCACGUACAUCGUACCACGCGCACGACGCCCUUCGAGCUCGUCCCCAGCCGACCACCGCCCAAGUUCUCUCUCCGUAAAGCCGACAGUGACGCGCCCCCUUCCGAUAGGAGGAGUCAGCGGGCUGAGUUCCUCAGGACGUUGGACGACACGAUGAAGAAGGCCUACGCGAGCCUGCGCCAGACGCAGGCUCGGUACAAGCGCGACUUCGAUAAGCGCGUCAGGCGGAUCCACGCGCGUCUCAAGCCGCGUAAUUACGUCUACCUGAACCCCGCCGAUGGGGCCAAGACGUCUAACAAACUGGCGUCGCCCGCCGUUUGUCCAUACCGCGUUCUCGCGAAUGACAAGCGAACCAUCACGAUCGAUCGUGAUGGGGUCACCGAACGCAUCUCCGCAGACCGCUGCGUGUACGCGCCACCGCCGACGGACGCGCCACGAACGAGUAAAACAACGCCGGGUGACCUUACCGACCGAGCGCACGCAGUACGCUGUCGAGCGACCACUCCGGCAUCCGGCCAUGGAGGACGCGAAUACGGAGUUUCUCAUCAAGUGGGCGGAUUAUGA